AUGGCCGACCCGCGGACACCAAUCCUCACCAAACAUGCCCCAGAUCCGCUCCCGGGACUGUACUCUCAAGCCAUCGUCGCUAAUGGCUUUGUUUUCUGCUCCGGCAACGUGGCCAUGGAUCCAGAGACGAACCGGAUCAUUGACGGGGAUAUUCAAGCCCAUACACACCAGGUCAUCAAGAAUCUUUCGGCGAUCCUUGACGCGGCUGGGUCUAGCAUCAACCAUGUCGUCAAAGUGAACAUCUUCCUUGCCGAUAUGGGUGAUUUCGCGAAAAUGAACGAGGUUUAUGACUUGUAUUGGGGCGACAUACGACCGUGCCGGACGUAG